AUGUCGACAAGGUCACCUAUCGGACCUUCAGAGAUCGGGUGAACCUCGCAGCCCCCAAGACCAGCGACGCGGUUAACACACUCCUUCGCUGUGACUACUACAGCCAUUUCGGGACCGAGACUAGGCUUGGUGAUGGUCUUCUCCGUCGCGCGACGCAUACGCGCAUCACUCUGCCCUGCGACGCCAAAGCUGAGCGCUCUGGGUCUACCGAAGACCAGCGAGGAGCGUCGCGCGUCCUUGCGGCGAUACCCAACUACACCCAGCUGAUGCUGACGAUCCCGCGCUUUCCGAGCCUGGUGCAGGAGCUUGUGGACGGCGGAACAGAGACCGAUCUGGAUCUUGCUGCAGCACGGUGGAUUGCGGGCAGGGCUGAACUUGGUUUCACCACGCCCUUCUACGUCAAUCUUCCUCCGGCCCUUGAGUGCUCAGCCUUGAGGACCUGGAAAGCCGCGACCCUGGGAGGCGAGGUUUGGCGGACCAUCUUUAAGGAAGAACAGGCAGAACGCCCCGAAUCGUGCCUGCCGGCCUCCCAAAGCGGCGCGUCUCACGUUCGUGCCCAGGACCCAGUCGUCCGGUGGGUCUAGGUGGUCUUCACCUGGGAAAGGCACAUCAGCAACGAAAUUUUGCGACUCUGUUCGCUGAGCCAACAUCGCAAAGACGCUUUUUUAUCCGCUGGCUUGCUGCUGUCAUUUCCAGUCCGGGUAGCCGCGAGACUCAUCGAUCUCAACUACAGCGAGGCUGCGCGCCAGCGUUUCGUUCGACAGAUUAACGUAGCCUUUUCAGACAUCAUAGACAGCCUCAUCGACCCAGAAGUACACGCAGGCUCGGGCAAAUUAUUGCGGGGCCUGUUCGAGAAUUUCUUUGCCCGCAGUGGCUUCCCGACGGGCAUGAUCCUUUCGGAGCAAGAGGGCUGGCAACGGAUGAAGAGACCAGUCCAAGACGGCCUCGCAGAUCUGACCUGA